CGGUUUCAUUUUAAUGCCGCAAUGGCCAAUCCACCAGUUGUGACAAUUAAAAAAGGGCAAAUUAAGGGAAGCAUUGAUAAUGAUUAUUUGGGCAAGCCCUACUACUACUUUCUGGGAAUUCCCUACGGCAAAGCUCCAACUGGAGACUUGCGAUUUAAGGCUCCUGUUCCAGUGGACCCUUGGAAAGGGAUCCGAGAUGCCACCCAAGAAGGGCCAGAAUGCCCUUCACUCCAUUUAAUUUUAAAAACUUACGUUGGUUCUGAGGAUAAUUGUUUACACGUUAACGUUUACACUCCACAGCUUCCGGAUGACGGUAAUAAUAAUUUGAAACCCGUCAUGGUCUGGUUCCAUGGUGGUGGCUUUCUGUACGAUUCAAACAAACGCGAAAUGUAUGGCCCAGAUUAUUUAAUAACCGAAGAUGUUGUUAUAGUUUCGGUCAGUUAUCGUUUAGGAGUCCUUGGAUUUCUCAGCUUGGAAGACCCAACGCUGGAAAUUCCCGGAAACGCCGGGCUUAAGGACAUGGUUUUGGCCCUUCAGUGGGUACAAAACAACAUCCAAAAUUUUUGUGGAGACCCGAACAAUGUUACAAUUUUUGGCGAAAGUGCCGGUUCUGUGGCAGUUCAUUAUUUGUAUCUUUCUCCUAAAACCAAGGGACUGUUCCACAAAGCAAUUUGCCAAAGUGGGUGUGCGCUAAAUACUUGGGGAGAGGGAAGUACCAAUGGUUUAAUAAUUGCAAAACAUUUGGGUUACAAUGAAACGAACGAACGAAAAAUUUUAGAGUAUUUGAAAACUUUGUCACCACAAAAACUCAUAAAGGCACAACACCGAUUUGAAGACACAUUUGUGGCAAGUAAAGUGCAAAAAUUUGGUCCAGUUGUUGAAAAAUAUGUAACAGAUUCGGCUUUCUUAACCGAAGAACCGCUGGAAAUUAUGAAAUCAGGGAAAUUCAAUCAUGUACCAUUAAUAAUCGGCACAACUUCAAGAGAAGGAAUGCUUGCAGAAGCUGUUAGAAAAUUACUAAGAAAAGAUGUGGUAGGUUCGAGUCUAGAAGACGAAAUUCAUUAUCGAUUAAAAGUGGAAAAAGGUUCAGAAGAGUCGAGACAAAUUGCCACCAAAAUCAAAAAAUUUUAUUAUGGUGAAGAAGAAAAAAAUGCGGAAAAGUAUUACUUGCUCAAAACUGACACUAUGUUCCUCCACGGAACAUACAAGACAGUCAAUUACCAAAAACAAACCAGCAAGGCUCCGAUUUACUUUUACGAAAUGUCUCUUGGAACUUCAUUAAAUCUUUCUAAGAACAUGUGUAACCCAAAAUUGUUUUACCCAACCAUGCUUUUGUAUCUUUUCGCAUACAUAACGGGUGGUAACAUGUUCAAUAAAUUUUUCCUACGUCUGGCAAACCUUAUGCCGAGAAACAACCUAACUGGAGCGUCCCAUGGCGACGAUUUGGGCUACAUUUUCAAGUCCGUUUUGAUCGAAACAAUCAAACGUGGAAGUGAGGAGGAAAUUCACAUGAAACGCUUUAUAAAGCUGUGGGCAAAUUUCGCCAGAACCGGAAAUCCAACACCCGACAAAAACGAUCAACUUUUAAAUAUUGAGUGGAAACCGGUGACCAAGGAAAAAAAUUAUGUGCUUGAUAUUGGGACCCAACUCGCAUUAAAAACAAACCCGAACGCUGAAAGAAUGGCAUUUUGGGACAGCAUUUACAAUUUCUAAACGCAAAUAAAAUUGUGUACGAAAA